AUGUUAACUAAUACACAGAUCAAUAACUUUAGGAUCACCAGACAGUUAGGUUCGGGCUCAUAUGGGUUGGUGUUCCAUGCGGUGGACAUGUUAACUGAUCAAGAGUAUGCUAUAAAGGCUGUAAUGAGACAGCAGCAGCCUGGAAUGGGUGCAGUGUCGUUAAACACAGCCGUACCCAUAGAAACAGGAGUCAAGAAAACAACAAUUCUGCAGACACAGUUGUACCAAUUCUUUAAAUCUUUCAAGAGUCGGAUAUUUCUGCCCACUGUUGAUAUUGAAUCUAUUCGGACACUUACAAGGGAACAACUAGAGAAUACUCCGCACUACCGGGAACUAGUCAUGCACUUAACAGUGCACUCGCAUAAUAAUGUUGUAACAAUCCACCAGGCGUUGGAAUCCAGUUUGGCAACGUUCAUCGUGAUGGACUACUACCCAAGGGAUCUGUUCACAUCAAUCGUAAACAUACACCAUUUUAAUAAUGAUGGACUGCUUGUGAAGAAGGUCUUCUUGCAAUUAUGCGCAGUGGUUUUGCAUUGUCAUAGAAUGGGGGUUUAUCACUGUGACAUAAAACCGGAAAAUAUUUUGCUUGAUAGUGAUGAUAACGUUCAUUUGUGCGAUUUUGGGCUCUCAGUGAGUGCAAGUGAAUUACCCUCAAAGGUGUGCGUGGGUUCUUCAUACUAUAUGGCACCAGAGCGAGUACUGUGUUCUGAACCUAGCCAACAGUUUCCAAUGGCUGCUGGCGACAUUUGGUCUAUAGGGAUCAUCCUUAUCAACCUAGUGUGUACUCGUAAUCCUUGGCUUAAGGCUGAUAUAACAUUUGAUACCACAUUCUACUAUUUCGUUAAAGAACCACUUGUGCUGAAGAAGAUUCUUCCUAUAUCAGAAGAUCUGUAUGAUAUCCUGAUAUCGGUGCUACAUAUGGAUCCGAAGCGGCGUCCCCAGUUGCCCGAACUCAUGGAAGCUGUGGCAAACUGUGAACAUUUUACCAGCAGUGGUCCUCUUGCAGAAGUUGAACGUUUAUCUCUUGAACAAUAUGAGAAUUUCUUGGAAGGUGAUUGCAGCAUACUGCUACGCAAGGUAUCAGAUGAGUACUAUUCGGAUGACUAUUUUGAAACUGAGCAUGCUGUAUCAUCGAGCAGCGAAGACGAAAACUCCUACAGCAGCGAUACCUUAUCCUCGGGGUCAUUCAAUCGUGAUUUAAGCGAACCAGUUGUAGGCACGCUGCUCCCAAGGGCUGGUUUGGAUAGCUUAAAUUAG